UUUGGCUUCCGGCUUACGUGAUCCACCGCCGGCGGAGUUUGCGACAGGAAAUGAGCAUCGGCACGCAGAAGUGCCGAGACGCAGCUCUUGUAGGUGACAGCGCUACCCGUUCUGUACUUCAUGCCGCACCCUUUUUCGGAGAUGUCCAACCUGCAGCAGCAGCGAAAGAUAGUGGAGCAGUUGCGCAGAGAGGCUGGCCUCAAGCGCAUGGAGGUGUCUGCGGCGGUUGAAGACCUCAAGAAGUACAUCCAGGACCACGAGAGUGACGACUACCUGCUCGUGGGCUUCCACUCACAGAAGGCGAACCCGUUCCGGGAGAAGAGCUCGUGCAGCCUGCUUUAGGCACCCUCCCCCAACCUCCACACCGCCUCUCUCUCUCCACACCCCGAGUGCCCUCACCCACCUUCGCCACACCUCCCGCCACCAAUCGUCUCCGAGCCCAGCGUCCAAUGCACAAAUACAGCCCACUUCUCACAA